AUAUAAAUUUUUAUCCUUCUCCAAAAACAAUUGUUCAAAAGUGCAAAUGACCAAAUAGGAACCCCACCUAGUGAGACAUUAUUAGUGGGCUUUAUCUUAAUACCUUUACAGCUCUCAACUGAAAAAGAAAAGAUUCUUAUUUACAGCUUUAAUUUUCCUUUUUAGUUUUAUAGCAAAUUAAUUCUCUUUAGAAGUUGAAAGGAAUUUUAUUUUUUUUGAUCUUCUUUGGCUUUGAUUAGUGAGAAUGGAAAGAGGAAAAGAAAAUGAAGGACAAACAAAAGGGGAAGAUAACAAAUCAUUGGUGUCAUCUGUUGUACUCCGCGAGGAUAUUGUCAAUCUUGUAGAAUUCACAGAGAGGUUAAUAUAUUGGCAUGUUCAAACUUCUCUUGAAAUGGAUGAGGAUAUGAUGUUGACAUCUAUGUCGUUAUUUUGUCAUCUUUAUUACUCUUUCUUUUCAGAAAGUUGUAAUGACGAAACGUGUUGCAUAUCAAAUGAGAUUCAUGAUUUUGUUCAGUCACUCAUGUUUCAUUCAAUUAGACAAGACAUGCUGGUUAGUAGAAAGUGUCGUGACCUCUUGGAGAAAAUCAAAAGUUAUAUUAGCUCACAUAGCUAUGCUGAACCAAACAUGACCGAGGAUCGUUUCAUUGAAAUUUUAGAUGCCAUCUUCAUGUUUCUACAACAUCUACACAAGUGUUCUGAGUUGAUUUUCCCAUCAAUAACGACUCCAUCUGAGCUUCUUCAGAAUGUAUUUGGCAAUUUAAGAGAUUUCUGUAGGUUGAAAGUAAAUGGUUGCCUUCAUGAGUAUGAGACGAUCGAAUUUGGCUUACCUCAUCUUCAACUUAUUGUGGAGAGAGUAAGACACUUCUGUUUUACUCUUUUGUAUUGUCAACUGGACAUAUACGAUAAAUUUGAUGCCUCUCUAGUUAACUCCAAUCUAGCUAAUCUACUUAUGGAGGUUAUUCCUGUUUCACUGGAGGUUAUGCACCUAUGUUGUACAAAUUUGGAAGGUUCAAAGUCGGAAGAAGUUGGACGUUUCUUCAAGCAGCUCCCAGAAGCCUCUCAGGACAUUCUUAAGGAAUCUCUGAUUCAUCUACAAGAGCACAUGCUUAAUACUCUUACUCGUAGCGCUUCUACGUGUAACAUUCAUGUCAUGAUAGAGUUCCUACUGAUUAUUCUUACUGAUGCACUCAAGGAUGUUAUUCGUCAUGACAAAUUGCUUGUUCUCUUGGCACGUGUUAUACAACUUGCCAAGGAGAUAUUUGUUUUUCUUCGUAACUUAGAAGAGAACAUGAAUGAAGCAAGUGGUUCAAAUCUAAACUUGCUGGAAAACAUUGAACUCCUGAAGGUUGAUCUCAAGAAUGAUUUCUUAAAAGCUCGUGCAGACUCGUCUCCGCUCCCCUUCCCCAUGAGUGAUGGACCGCUCUUCAUGACUCUUCUGCUCACAGACUUAAAAGACUUGGCCUAUUCCAAUGCUUAUUCAGUUUCUUUGAUAAAAGAAGAAAUUAAGCAGGUGAAACAAGACCUGGAAAUCAUAAGAUCGUUGUUCGGUUAUGCUGAGCAAGAGUUGCAUAAAGAUCUUUGGACUCGUGUUCUAGAUUUGGCACAUGAGGCGCAACAUGCCAUUAACUCAAUUCUUGCCCGAGAUCAUGGUUUAUUGCAGCUUAUCUUCAUACUUCCUGAUACCGUAGAAAAGAUCAAGCUUGUCAAAAAAGAGGUACAAGAAAAGAUCUCCGAGAGCAGCGGUAUUAUUGUUGCAAACGCUCCCAACAAGCCGGUUGAAAGAAACUCAUCGUGUACAGUUGGUAAAAUAAUUGUAGGUUUUGAGGAGGAGACAGAGUGGAUAAUUAGGAAGCUCACCAGCGGACCAGCUGACAUAGAUGUCAUUUCCAUAGUCGGCAUGCCUGGGCUUGGAAAAACUACUUUGGCUUACAGAGUGUAUAAUGAUAAGUCCAUUGUUGAUCAUUUCGACGUUUGUGCUUGGUGCACAGUCGACCAGGAACGUAAUGAGAAAAAGUUGUUGCAGAAAAUUUUCAAUCAAGUUAUUGGAUUGAAAGAAAGAUUCAAUGAGGAUCAUGACGUUGCUGAUAAGCUGCGGAAACGACUAUGUGGACAGCGGUACCUUGUUGUCUUGGAUGACAUGUGGGAUACUGAUACAUUGGAUGAGCUAAUGAGACCUUUUCCUGAAUUUCAUAAAGGAAGCAGAGUGAUUUUAACAAGUCGGAAAAAGGAAAUUGCUUUGCAUGGAAAAUGCCACAGUGAUCCUCUUUAUCUUCGAUUGCUAAAAUCAGAAGAAAGUUGGGAGUUAUUAGAGAAAAGGGUAUUCGGAGGAGAAGGUUGCCCUGAUGAACUAAAGGAUGUUGGAAAAAAGAUAGCUCGAAGGUGUGGUGGGCUUCCUUUAGUAGUUGAUCUAAUCGGUGGAGUCAUUUCGAAAAAGGAAAAGAAAGAGGCUUUGUGGGCUGAAGUUCUGAAUGAUUUGAGUUCCUCUAUUUUUAAGGAUGAAGAGGAAGUUGUGAAGGUUAUACAAUUAAGUUAUGACCAUUUGUCAGAUCACGUAAAGCCGUGUUUGGUUUACCUUGCAACUUAUCCAAAGGACCAAGAUAUAAGGAUCUCUGAGUUGAAUGAUUUGUGGAUUUCUCAAGGACUUGAGAUGAAAAGUGCAGAAGAAGUAGUGGAUGAGUUAAUUUCGAGUAGUUUGGUAAUACCUUUCGAUGAUUCUAUUUUCAAAAUUCAUGAUCUUGUGCAUGACUUUUGUGAUAUAAAAUGUAGAAAGGAAAAGUUGCUUCACUUCAUAGGAGGUUCAAAAGCUCCGUCUUCUUCGGAUCUUAUGCCACGUGGAAUUAUCUUUGAUUAUAAUAAAUAUGUAUAUUUUGCGGUGUUUGAUCCAAGACAGAAGAUUCCCUCUGUUAAACACCUCCUCUCUCUGAAGGACUUUGGCAUGACCAGUGAUUGUCUUUCCUACAAGAGUCACCUAAAACACUUGAGGCUUCUCAAAAGUUUGGAUUUGUGCGGCAUAACAUUGCCAGAAUCUUUGCUGAAUGAAAUCGGUACGCUCGUUCAUUUGAAGUACUUAAGAAUUCAGAUGAAGGCAAAAGUUCUCCCUCCGUCAUUUUCAAACCUCUGUAAUCUAGAAACUCUGAUGGUGAAUAACGGGAAUCAGUCAUGCAUGAUACUCUCACCUUGUUUUUGGAGUCUCGCAGAGCUACGAGUUGUGAAGAUGAUUUGGGGUGCUGUGUUUGAUCCGGUCAUCACUGUGUUAGAUGAGGAUUUAAGGUUAGAAAAUUUGACAACAUUAAGUAAUCUCUACAUUCUCGGUUCAGAAGACACGGAGGAUAUUUUCAAAAGGUUUCCUAAUCUUAAAAACCUUCAAGUCGAUAUCAAAAACCAAAUACCAGAGAAUAUAUGUUUUACAAGAUUGGCUGUCCUUAAUAAACUUGAACUCAUUUUCUCUGGUUCUCCUCGGAAUUCAUUCCCUGAAUAUACACAUGGCUUCCCUUUGAGCUUGAAGAUACUGAAGUUGAAAGGGUUCGCUGUGACAUCCGAUACACUUUCAAGACUACCCAACCUUGAAGAACUAAGUCUAGAAGACGCAAUCAUUGAGGAGGGCAAAGAAUGGAACAUGGAAGAUCAUGUCAUUUUCCAGGAUCUCAAAUAUUUAAAAUUGGUAGCAUUGAAUUUUUCAGAAUGGAAGGUUGAUGCAGAGAAAUCCUUUCCCGUGCUCGAGAAACUAGUUAUAGGUUCAUGUGAUAUGCUUAUGGAGAUCCCAGACAGUUUUGGAGAUAUUGCGUCAUUAAAGUUUAUCAGGGUAUGGUCCAGCCCUCAGCUUAAAGAGUCGUUGUUCAAAAUUAAGGAAUAUGUUGAAGAAAUGACCGGAGAAAACAAGCUUCACGUAGAAUUCUACAGUUGGGGGUCUUAUUAAUGUGAGUAUGACUACGAAUUUUAGAAAUGUUAUGUUAUGUUUUUUCCAAUAUUACACAAUAUAUAUGAUCAGAUGAUAUAUGUAUGUAUGUAUGCCUUCUUCCAAACAUAUUCCUUAAUUAAGUUAUUCUAUGUGUGCUUAUUUUUCGUUAUAACGGAUGAGAUAUUGUAUGUGUGUGA